CUUUUCAUAGCCUCAUUUCUAAGCACUUACGAUAUCAGUAAAUGCAUAUCUUUAUAACUACACAAGAAUAAAGAAACUAUAUACAUAUUUACCCAAUUGCUUGUGAAUGUAUGAUAUACUUUCCAUAUAAUAUGAUUGAAUUUUAACCCUCUUCCAAGGAAGUAUAUUAUUAUUAUUUUUGGUCAAAAGGAAGUAUAUUAUAUAUAUAGCAUAGAAUACAAGAAACGCCCAUAUCAUAUUAUCAUCUCCUCUCUGAUUCAGCGAGAAAAACAAAACAAAAAAGCCAAAAUGGGUGCAGACGCAAUCCAAACGAACGGUGGUGAUCCCGCCAAGUUAACCGUCGUAGAAGGGAUCAAACGGUUGAGAUGCGCCGUGAAGAACUACGAGUGGGGCAAACUCGGGCAUGAAUCACUGGUUGCGAGACUCCACGAGGCCAAUUCAGGGAACCGUGUCGACCCGGCGGUUCCUCACGCCGAGUUGUGGAUGGGUACUCACGAGUCAGGCCCGAGUCACGUUGUAAAGGAAGAGGAACUCGGGUCGGGUCAUGGUGGGUCCGACUGCAUGGUUACGUUGAAGUCGUGGGUUUCGGAUAACCCGGAUGUGCUCGGGUCUAGAGCCGUGGACAAAUGGGGAUGUGAUCUUCCUUUCCUCUUCAAGGUUUUGUCAGUGACAAAAGCGUUGUCGAUUCAAGCACAUCCAAACAAGGCAUUAGCAGAGAAAUUGCAUAGAGAAGAGCCUCUUCUUUACAGAGAUGCUAACCGUAAGCCUGAGAUUGCUCUGGCAAUUACUCCUUUUCAAGCACUUUGUGGUUUCGUAUCUCUUAAGGAACUAAAGGAAGUGAUCGCCAAUGUACCAGAGAUCCCAGAGCUCGUUGGAAGUAAAGCUGCAGAUCAAAUCUUCACGGUCAACGAAAAAGACGGAGAGGAGAGUGUAAAAUCUGUUGUCCGUUUGAUCUUCACACAGUUAAUGUCUGCAACUAACAAUGAGACGAAGCGAGUCAUAUCUGAGAUGAAGAUGCGUCUAAUCACGGAGACAAACCACCGUGAACUAUCUGAGAAGGAGAAGUUAGUUUUGGAACUAGAGAAACAGUAUCCAGGUGACGUAGGCGUGAUCUCAGCUUUCUUUUUUAACUACGUCAAGCUUAAUCCCGGAGAGGCUUUGUAUUUGGAUGCGGACCAGCCACACGCUUACAUUUCCGGCGACUGUGUCGAGUGUAUGGCGGCUUCAGACAACGUUGUUAGAGCUGGUCUCACUCCUAAACACCGCGAUGUUCAGACGCUAUGCUCUAUGCUUACCUAUAAACUGGGCUACCCGGAGAUUUUGAAAGGAUUUCCUCUGACUCCAUACAUUACAAGAUAUCUUCCCCCAUUUGAUGAAUUUGAAGUGGACCAUUGUGAUCUUCCUACAGGGAAAUCGACGAUUUUUCCGGCCAUACCCGGGCCUUCGGUUUAUCUGGUUAUAGAAGGAACAGGGAAACUGCAAACCGGUUCAUCUCAAUUGUUGGUUAACCGAGGAGAUGUUUUGUUUGUUCCGGCUCAUAACGAGAUUCAGGUAACAGGAGAAAGUGAUGUGAUAAAGCUUUACAGAGCUGGAGUCAGCAGCAGAUUCUUCCAGACACUCUAGCCAAAGUAUAAAUACAUUUAUACAUUUGUUUCUUUAUUUCUACAUAUAACCAUAGGGAUCAAUGCGCUGAUGUGAUCAUAGUAUAUCUUGGUCCAUGUUCUUUAUUUUCCCAAUGGCCUACUGCGUAUUAAGGUUUUAACGAGUUGUUAUAUUUUAUUAACUUCUGUUCUUUCACUUUAUAACCGAAUUUAUAUGUAAAAUGAUUUAAAAACGACGUUUUUCUUCUUCUU